CAAGGGGGCAGGGAGUGGGACAUGGGGGCCAGUCUUUCCCCCCUGAGUUUGUCUGUCCUUGGUGCGUCUAUUUCAGGUAAAAGCAAAGAGGCCGAAAUCAAGAGGAUCAACAAGGAGCUGGCGAACAUCCGCUCCAAGUUCAAGGGGGACAAGGCCCUGGACGGCUAUAGCAAAAAGAAAUACGUGUGCAAACUGCUCUUCAUCUUCCUGCUGGGCCAUGACAUUGACUUCGGGCACAUGGAGGCCGUCAACCUGCUGAGCUCCAACAAGUAUACGGAGAAGCAGAUUGUGACGAAGCUGAUGUCCGCCUCAUCGAAGCAAAUCGCCAUCAAGAACGACCUGGCGAGCCCGAUGCGUGCCCUCUGCCUCUGCCGCCUCCUACAGACGCCCGACCUGGUGCCAUGGUGCGAGUGGACGUUCCGCGUGGUGACCUGCUCAACGACCCAGCACUGGUAUUGUCCUGCCCUGGAUCCCUGCCCCUCACCGGCACAUUGGGAGCAUCCCGCCAUCAACUGCUCCCACACGAUCAGCCCUGAGGACGCAGCGGGAAGGGUGCGGCUGGGCGAGUGCCUGGAAACCUCUCUCAACAAGGCCACAGUAGCCCCCCAGUCCAAGAAGGUUUCCAACAUUCCAAGGAAGGAACGUCCAUCCUCUUCGGCCAUCAGCUAUCAUCCACUACGACAGACCGGAGACCAACCUGCGGUUACCUGCGCUGGGAGAGCAUGUGGCACUCUGGCCAGCUCCGAGUCUCUCCACGAGGCUGUCACGCCCACAUCGAGACGGUCAUCAAAUGCCCUCAAGACGGCGGGAUGUACUGCGUGCGGCAGCGUGAGCGACCUGCUCUACGCCAUGUUUGCGAUCGGCACCAAUGCCAAGCAGAUCAGGUGUCCAGAUGCUUCAGCUACUGGAGACGGCCGACUAUCCAUCGAGAGUGAGAUCGUGAAGCCGUGCAGCCCCCAGGGGUGGGUCCCCCCAGCCUGGGCCCCCCUGACCCCUCUCCCUCUCCCUCCUCAGGCCCUGCAGGCUCCCGCCUGCCACGAGAACAUGGUGAAGGUCGGGGGCUACAUCCUGGGGGAGUUCGGGAACCUCAUUGCCGGAGACCCCCGCUCCAGCCCCUUGGUGCAGUUCAACCUGCUGCACUCCAAGUUCCACCUGUGCAGCGUGGCCACCCGGGCCCUGCUCCUCUCCACCUACAUCAAGUUCAUCAACCUCUUCCCCGAGACCAAGGGCACCAUCCAGGAGGUGCUGCGCUCCGACAGCCAGAUCCGCAACGCCGACGUGGAGCUGCAGCAGCGCGCCGUGGAGUACCUGAAACUCAGCUCCAUCGCCAGCACCGACGUCCUGGCGACGGUGCUGGAGGAGAUGCCGCCCUUCCCGGAGCGUGAGUCGUCCAUCCUGGCCAAGCUGAAGAGGAAGAAGGGCCCCGGGGCCGGCAGCGAGCUGGACGAGGGGAAGAAGGAGCCCGGGGCGGAGCUCAACGGGGGGGUGGAGCCCACGGCCAGCACCACCUCCACCCCCUCGCCGUCGGCUGACCUGCUGGGGCUCCGGACAGCCCCCCCUGCCAGCUCCGCUGCCCCCACCAGCGCCGGAAACCUGCUAGUGGACGUCUUCUCCGACAACACGUCUGCCACACCUGGCCUGGCUCCUGGCACCGAGGACAACUUCCUUAGCUCGGGAACAGCUGCUUCCUCCGAUGACCCUGCUUUGCCCAUCUCUGAAGCUGAUGAGCUGCUAAACAAGUUCGAUGUGUCAGAGUCCAGCGCACAGCUGAAAACAUCAACAGACGAAGGCAGUGACCCGCUGGUGGAGGGCAAGUGGGGCGGGGAUCUGAGCGGAAUUCUGGAGGGGCAGCACCAGGGGCCGACCCCAGGCCACAUCCUUAGCGGACAACGGCGCAAAACGAGGCCUCAGCAGGAAGCCCAGAAGAUCUUCAAAGCAAAUCACCCCAUGGACUCCGAGGUGACCAAGGCCAAGCUCCUGGGCUUUGGCUGCGCCCUGCUGGACAAGGUGGACCCCAACCCCGAUAACUACGUAGGCGCCGGCAUCAUCCAGACCAAGUCGCUGCAGGUCGGCUGCCUCUUGCGGCUGGAGCCCAACGCUCAGGCCCAGAUGUACCGCCUGACGCUGCGCACCAGCCGGGAGCCUGUCUCACGGCACCUCUGCGGGCUGCUGGCCGAGCAGUUCUGAGUCCGGGGCUGCGGCCGGCUCUGGGGGGUGUCUGCACCGAGCCCCUGCCCUGUUCUGUCGUCGUGGUAACCGUGUUCUCAUUGCCUGGCCCGU